CCUCUACCCAGGCACCAGGUACUACGAGACCAACGCCAAGUGCCUCUACUCAGGCAUCAGGUACUACGAGACCAACGCCAAGUGCCACUACCCAGGCACCAGGUACUACGAGACCAACGCCAAGUGCCUCUACCCAGGCACCAGGUACUACGAGACCAACGCCAAGUGCCUCUACCCAGGCACCAGGUACUACGAGACCAACGCCAAGUGCCACUACCCAGGCAUCAGCUACUACGAGACCAACGCCAGGUGCCUCUACCCAGACAUCAGCUACUACGAGACCAACGCCAGGUGCCACUACCCAGGCAUCAGGUACUACGAGACCAACGCCAAGUGCCUCUACCCAGGCAUCAGCUACCACGAGACCAACGCUAACUUCAAAUGCCUCUACCCAGGCAUCAGCUACUACGAGACCAACACUAACUUCAAAUGCCUCUACCCAGUCAUCAGCUACUACAAGACCAACGCUAACGUCAAGUGCCUCUACCCAGGCAUCAGCUACUACGAGACCAACGUCAAUGUCAAAUGCCUCCACUCAGGCAUCAGCUUCUACGAUACCAACGCUAACGUCAAGUGCCUCUACUCAGGCAUCAGCUACUACGAGACCAACGUCAAUGUCAAAUGCCUCCACUCAGGCAUCUGCUAUUACGAAUCGAACGACACCGUCAAAUGCCUCUGCUCAGGCAUCAACUAUUACGAAUUCAACGCCAUCGUCAAAUGCCUCUAUUCAGGCAUCAGCUACUACGAGACCAACACCAACAAUGGUAACCAGAAAUGUUACCACCAACGCAACUACAGGCACUUUAGGACUAACCUAUAAUCCGACAACUAAACCAUAUGUUUCGGAAAUCUCAGUUUCCACCCAAUCAACUACUGUAAACUUGAUGCCAACUGGUAACACAUCGAAAACAGAAUUACCGUCGAAUACCCCUGAUCAGGCAGCAGCCAUUACGGAAGCAACACCGAACAUGGAAGCCACUAUAGAUGCCGGGGCUUCAGGAAUAACCCAAAAUCCGACAACUAAUGCAGAAGUCUCGGGCGAAUUGUCCACACAAGCAAGUACUGUCAACUUGGGGCCAGAUGAUAACACAUCGAAAACAGAAACCCCGUCAAAUGUGGAUGCUCAGGAAUCUACUAUUAUGGAACCGACGCCAAACACGGAAACCAAAGAUACUACCACGGAAGCAACUACAGAUGCCAGAACUUCAGCAAUAACUGAUAAUCCAACAACGAGGACAGAUCUUUCAGAAACCUCAGAACUACCGUCAACUGCCUCUUCUCAGACAUCAGCUAAUACGGAACCAACGCCAAACAUGGAAGCCAAAGAUGCCACCACGACGGAAGCAAAUACAGAAGCCAAAGAUACUACCACGGAAGCAACUACCCAGAUAACACAGUGCCAUCCCAGAGACGUCCCAAACACGCCAUUUUGA